AUGAAUUCUGAACCAAUAUUUCGACGAAGUACUUUUCGUAAUGAAGAUGUACUUAUAUCAGAAUCAUUGAAACAUCUUCCAUUAAUUCGAAUUAUAAUGAUAAUUAUAUGUAUAAUUAUUGGAAUUGGUACAUUAAUUAAUUUAAUAUUAAUUUAUAAUAAAUAUAAAUUAAUAUUAAAACAUAAUAUAUUUCAUCGAAUAAUAAUACCAUUAAUAUUAUUUUUAAAUAUAAUUUUUCAUGUUUCACAUUAUGUUCAUAAUAUUUAUGAUCCAGCUAUGUAUUUUGAACCAAAAAAACUUUAUUUAAAAAUUUUUUUUAGUGAAAUGGAAAAAACAUUUCUAUUUAAUUUUCCUUUAUCAAUUUUAUUUCUUAUUUCAACUUGGAAAUUAUUAUUAUCUUGUACAAAUGAACAAAUACAAUCUUUUCAUAUGUUAAUUAUUGUAACAUUAUAUAGUUUAAUGUCAAUGAUUAGUGGUGGUCAUUAUCUUUAUGAACCACCAACAAAUUUUUCAUUUUUAUGUAAUAUAACUAUUGCAGGUGAAACUAUUAUUGCAUUUCUUUUAUUUAUUAUGGCAAUAUUUGUUUAUCAAUCAAAUUUAAAUAAAUCAAUAGAUUUUACAUAUACUCGAUUAACUCAAAAUGAUAAAUCCGAAUUGAAUAUUCCUAUGUCAGUAAAUCAACAACGACAAAUCAAAAGUAAAUUAAGUGAUAAUGAAUCUAUGUAA